UUGGCCAGAAAGUUAAUGUGACCGCAUUAGUAUAACACAGCGUUUUAGAAUCGGAUUUAACAGUAAAAACUUUAAAUAUCCGAAUAUACAGUUAUUUUUCAGGUCCUUGCCACAGUCUGACGGGUUCAUGAGAGCAGAGAGUGUUCAGUACCAUCAUGGCCCUUGCUGAGGAGCAGCCUGAGAAACACUGUUGGGUGUGUUUUGCCACAGAGAGGGACGACCACAGUGCAGAGUGGGUGAGCCCCUGCAGGUGUAAAGGCUGCACUAAAUGGAUCCACCAGUCGUGUCUGCAGCGCUGGCUGGACGAGAAGCAGAAAGGAAACAAUGGAGGAGCGGUGAGCUGUCCACAGUGUGGCACCGAGUACCACGUCAUCUUCCCCAAGAUGGGCCCUCUGGUCUACUUCCUGCAGCAGGUGGACAAAGCUCUGUCCCGGGCCAGUCCCUUCGCCGCUGUCGGGGUGGUGGUGGGGACGGUGUACUGGUCAGCCGUCACGUACGGAGCUGUGACAGUCAUGCAGGUCGUGGGUCAUAAGAAGGGGCUGUAUGUGAUGGAGCGAGCCGACCCGCUCUUCCUGUUGAUGGGUCUGCCCACCAUCCCCGUGGUGCUGGUCCUGGGAAAGAUGAUCCGCUGGGAGGAUUACAUCGUGAGACUGUGGCAGAGAUACUCGUACAGACGCAAGAUCCCGCCAGGUAACAAUCGUUAUCUGCCCCGUGUCCCAGUGGACGGACCCAGUGCAGGAGACCACCUCUCUGUGUCCAGGACUCUGUGUGGAGCUCUGAUCUUUCCCUCCAUCGCCAGUCUGGUGGGACGGCUGCUGUUUCGACAGGUGUCCUCCAAUCUGCAGCGCACGAUACUGGGUGGCAUCGCCUUUGUGCUGAUGAAGGGCGUGCUGAAGGUGUAUUUCAAACAGCAGCAGUACAUCAUGCAGGCCAACAGACAAAUCCUCAACUACCCAGAGAGAAACGCAGAAGGACAGAAUGAAGGAGGAGAGGAGGACACAGAGGACAGUGGGAAUGAGUAGAAAUGAGUUUCACUCGUUGGGAUGGAGAAACAGAGACAGAGUCAGAGCUGAUGGUACAAAACCAAAUGUAUUUUACCAUAAAACAGGAUGCAGAACUCAGGUGAGUGUUCAUGUAGAUGGGGAGAAGAGUUUGGGGAAGAGCGGGUGUGAAGGACUGAUCUGAUCUGCCUCAUGAGGAAAUAACCACAGCACUAUCAGUUAAGAGUUUCCAGCCCAAAGAACCUUUUAUUUUCUAGUUCCAAGUUUCAAGUCUUCACAGUGUAAGAGGCCCAACCCUGGACUGUACCAGGACCUAAAUCUAAUAACUCAAGGUCCCUUCUGUUUGUAUUUAAAUUUCAGUCUCAGACACUUGAAGGAGUUUAUGAAACAUCUGAUACUUUGCUUUUCAUGUGCAGCCAACAGUUAUCUGAUCUCUCCUGGGAGCAUGUGAAGUGUGACAGCAGAGCAGCGGGAUGAAGGGGAAUAUACUGCUACUACUAUACUGACACUGACACAGCUGCAACAUUCUGCAUCAUUAACACAGUAAUAAUUAGUUAUAAUAACAUCCUGAGCGUGUGGAAGCACACUGAGUGAUAUGAAGAGUCAAACACAGACUGAUGUUGUGUUCAUUAUUCCACUCUUGUUACGCCUUAACCCAUGACAUGAAGAUGUCUUCCUUUGUGCCUUAUUUAAAACACUUUACCAGAACAAAACCAGCUUCAUAAAAGUCCCGUUCACACGGGAUUAAUGAAGUGUUCACUGUGACGAUGUUUUAUCCCUGGUGAAAUGACAGGAUGUGGACAUUCAACAGGACAGAGUCAAAAGUCGAAUCGUCCUCUUUCUCAGAGUCCUAACUCAGUCAGACCUGAAACACAGGUUGAUAUGAUUCAGUGUGACUUCCACUUCCUGAGGAUAUCAUUAUGUCUCGUGUCCCUUCAGAAUAAAGCUCCAGAGAACAAAGAGGCUGCAUAUCAGUUAUCUGAACAUCUAUGAUACACUGCAAACAGCAGCUGAUCACAGCUGAUUCGGCUGCUGUUAAUGGGGACAAUUUGACAAAAUGUAAAUAAAUAUAUAGAAGAAAACCGUGGCUCAACAACAGCACUAUUGAUGAACUUUUACAGGCUCUUGCUUUCCUUUUAUUUCUAUCAUCAUAUCGGCUCUGACACAGGCCUUUAUGUUGGUGCUGCAUCCAUGUUUCCAUCCAUCACAUUAGCAGUUUUGACUUCCUCCAUUUUCACACAAAAGCCACAUUUCUAGAACUACGUGCUGACAUUUCCCAGUUCUAAUGCCACUUUAUUGCCUUACACCUGUUUUUAUCUAAUAGACAAACAAAAUGUCCCCUGACUGUUUUCAUACUAACUCCUUGGUCGAGAUGCGGGUUGGGCUCUAAAUGUACUGACUGUUUAAUAAGAGGGUGGUGCUGCUGUUUGCAAACAAUCAGUUGACCUGCUGUGCUCUGAACAUUCAUCCCUGUAACUGACUUCAGUAGUUUUAAUGCUGACACAUGCGCAGGUGAAUCCGCUCUACCUGACACUGAGCUCUGUGCUGCCUGUUUUUAAUAGUUUGAACCAGAACCUGCUGAGUCAGAUCUGCUGUCAGACUGAGGCGUGAGCAGAAACCAGUCGGGGCAUUUCACAGUUUAAUUGCACAGAGUAAAUGUGUGGUUAUUAGACGAUGGUUUUCACUGGUUGCACUUCCUCUUGUGGCACAGAUGAAAACAAGAGUUACUCAACUCUGUUCUAGCUGAUGCAGGAGGUUUAAAACACUGAUAUAUUAAUAUUUGUUUAGAAUAUGUUCAGUAAAAAGAAAAGAUUUAUUAUUGGUCAGGAUCUCUUCAUGUUUGAAUUAAUAUCUGAUUAUUGGGGUCAAAAACAAAAAGGAGCAAGAUGAGGUUUAGAAAUUAUAGUAUUAAUUAGAAAAUUGUGUCCUCUGCUUCGGCCAAAUGAACAGGCUCUGGAUCUUAAGUUGCACAAUUUGCAGUCAUUGUAUGUUUAUGUUAAUAGAAGCUUUUAUUUUAUGUCCUGGUGAAUCAUUUGUUUAAUAAAGCUCUUUGUAAAACA